AUGGCUGAGAAGCAGAAGCACGACGGGCGGGUGAAGAUCGGACACUACGUGUUGGGCGACACGCUGGGCGUCGGCACCUUCGGCAAAGUGAAGAUUGGAGAACAUCAAUUGACAGGCCAUAAAGUGGCAGUUAAAAUCUUAAAUAGACAGAAGAUUCGCAGUUUAGAUGUUGUUGGAAAAAUAAAAAGAGAAAUUCAAAAUCUGAAACUCUUUCGUCAUCCUCAUAUUAUCAAACUAUACCAGGUGAUCAGCACUCCAACAGAUUUUUUUAUGGUAAUGGAAUAUGUGUCUGGUGGUGAAUUAUUUGACUACAUCUGUAAACAUGGCCGGGUUGAAGAGGUGGAAGCAAGGCGGCUCUUUCAGCAAAUUCUAUCAGCUGUGGAUUACUGUCAUAGGCAUAUGGUGGUUCAUCGAGACCUGAAACCAGAGAAUGUGCUGUUGGAUGCUCACAUGAAUGCCAAGAUAGCUGAUUUUGGAUUGUCUAAUAUGAUGUCAGAUGGUGAAUUUCUGAGAACUAGUUGUGGAUCUCCAAAUUAUGCAGCACCGGAAGUCAUCUCAGGCAGAUUGUAUGCAGGUCCUGAAGUUGAUAUUUGGAGCUGUGGUGUUAUUUUGUAUGCCCUUCUUUGUGGCACCCUCCCAUUUGAUGAUGAGCAUGUACCUACGUUAUUUAAGAAGAUCCGAGGGGGUGUUUUUUAUAUCCCAGAAUAUCUCAAUCGUUCUGUUGCCACUCUCUUGAUGCAUAUGCUGCAGGUUGACCCUCUGAAACGAGCGACCAUCAAAGAUAUAAGAGAGCAUGAAUGGUUUAAACAAGAUUUGCCCAGUUACUUAUUUCCUGAAGACCCCUCCUAUGAUGCUAACGUCAUUGAUGAUGAGGCUGUGAAAGAAGUGUGUGAAAAAUUUGAGUGUACAGAAUCAGAAGUAAUGAACAGUUUAUAUAGUGGUGACCCUCAAGACCAGCUUGCAGUGGCUUAUCAUCUUAUCAUUGACAAUCGGAGAAUAAUGAACCAAGCCAGUGAGUUCUACCUCGCCUCUAGUCCCCCAACUGGUUCUUUUAUGGAUGAUAGUACCAUGCAUAUUCCCCCAGGCCUGAAACCUCAUCCAGAAAGGAUGCCACCUCUUAUAGCAGACAGCCCUAAAGCGAGAUGUCCAUUGGAUGCACUGAAUACAACUAAGCCCAAAUCUUUAGCUGUGAAAAAAGCCAAGUGGCAUCUUGGAAUCAGAAGUCAAAGCAAACCGUAUGACAUUAUGGCUGAAGUCUACCGAGCUAUGAAGCAGCUGGAUUUUGAAUGGAAGGUAGUGAAUGCAUACCAUCUUCGUGUAAGAAGAAAAAAUCCAGUGACUGGCAAUUAUGUGAAAAUGAGCUUACAACUUUACCUGGUUGACAAUAGAAGCUAUCUUUUGGACUUUAAAAGCAUUGAUGAUGAGGUGGUGGAGCAGAGGUCUGGUUCUUCAACACCUCAGCGUUCCUGUUCUGCUGCUGGCUUACAUAGACCAAGAUCAAGUUUUGAUUCUGUAACUGCGGAGAGCCAUUCACUUUCUGGCUCUCUCACUGGCUCUUUGACCGGAAACACAUUGUCUUCAGUUCCACCCCGCCUAGGCAGUCACACCAUGGAUUUUUUUGAAAUGUGUGCCAGUCUGAUCACUACUUUAGCCCGUUGAUGAUGUUUCUCUAGUUUCUGUCUUUCUGUUAUUGCACUGUGAAAAUCAGAUAGAUUCUUGAAAUUGUUAUUUUACUUAUGGAUAUCUUAUACUCUGGAAUACUGAUGGAGAGUCAUGAAUAUUUCCAGGGGACAGUCAAUGCCAUUGAAAUUACUGAAAACAAAACAUCUGACAUUUUAUUUACCUGUAGACAUCUGUAAUUCUAUUUUGCCUAUGAUAAAUUUAUAGAGGCAGUAUCUUUAAUUGGUGAACAUUGAUGAAGAUUAUUGUUACUUUAAAAUUGUGAGUUCACUACAGAUGAUUAAUAUACCUUCACUGGUGAAUCAUCUCAUCAGAGGGUGGUUUGGCAACACCUCUUUGCUUAACUAUUUAAUGUAGGUAAAUCCACUUUAUUUCCUAAAGUUCAGCAGGCUUUAAGCUGUGUUUAUGCACCCAGUUCUCUUGCACAAGAUAAAAACAAAAAACAAAAAACAAAAAACAGCCAUUAAUAAGAUGAUAUUUAAAUGUUGAAGCCUUAAAGGCUGGCCCCAAAAAUUUCAGAAGCCAAGUUCUAGUAGUUUUAGCUUUUGCAAAUACUGCCUAGUGUUGAAUAGAAGGGCUGUGGUCCUGAAACAGGUAACUGAUUUCCAGGUUCAUUAAAAACAGCUUAUAACCAGCUAGAGGUUUUAUUUCGAGAUUUCCUUGAAUAACAUUUAUCUUAAGAGUCUUCAGUGUUCUACUCAGUAUUGGAACAUCUGGAAUUGGAACAAUUUUUGUGUUUUUCAUAAACUUAACAUUUUUUAAAAAACUUAGCAUCAUUUUAAAAUAUGCCUUCAGAACUACCUUUCUCAAAUUCUUUUUGGCUCUAUUUAUUUUUGUAUUUUACCAAGCAUGAUAAAAUAGUUAAAUGAAACAAAGCAAAAUAUCAACAGUCCCUUAAAAGAGAACUCUUAUCUUUGAUUUAAUGUAUGUGGUGGUGGGGAGUGUGUGCGUAUGUCCCCCUGCAUCCCACAAUGCUAAUUCCUCAUCUGAAGUUCAAGUUUGUCAUCACAGCCACCCCUCUCCCUCACCUUCCCACCACCACUUACUUUGUUGUUUGAUCCUUGGUGGCUGAUUGACUUAGCUUUUAAAUCUUUCUGGUUCCCUUUCUUUGUUCUAUAUCUUGGUUGCUAGCCAUCCAGUUUGAAAACACUGUUUUGGCCCUAAGGGCUUUUGUGUACUUCCAAAGCUUGUUAGGCUGUGACCUUCACUGUUGAGGCUGUUAGGAUAGGGAAGCCUUAAACCUUUAAAAA